AUGGCUAGUAUCAAUACACCUGCUGUUGUCAUGGACAAUGGUACCGGUAUGACCAAACUUGGAUUUGCCGGAAACGAUUCUCCUUCAUGGGUCUUUCCCACAGCAAUUGCAACACGAGCACCUGGAUCUUCCGGAAAGGCAAGCAAUGCUCCAAAGCCAACAUUUUUAGGUGGUGGUGCUUCCUCAGGCUCUGGAAGCAAUCUAAUUGGUGGCUCAGGCACUUUUGGUACAACUAGAGCUCCUGCUCUUUCAUCAAUCAAGAGGGAUAUGGGCGAUUUGGACUUUUACAUUGGUGAUGAGGCAUUGGAGGCAGCUAAGGGACCAGGAUACUCGCUACAUUAUCCAGUUAGACAUGGACAGAUUGAUAACUGGGAUCAAAUGGAAAGAUUCUGGGAAACAUCCAUUUUCAAGUACCUUAAAUGUGAGCCUGAGGAUCACUAUUUUUUGCUUACCGAACCACCAUUGAAUCCACCUGAAAACAGGGAGAAUACAGCUGAGAUUAUGUUUGAGUCAUUUAAUUGCGCAGGUUUAUACAUUGCGGUUCAAGCAGUGUUGGCACUUGCAGCUUCUUGGACUUCAGCUAAGGUUACAGAUAGGACUUUAACAGGAACUGUUAUCGAUUCCGGUGAUGGUGUUACCCACGUUAUACCUGUUGCUGAAGGUUACGUUAUUGGCUCAGCUAUUAAAAAUAUUCCUUUGGCUGGAAGAGAUAUAACUAGCUUUAUUCAAACCAUGCUAAGAGAACGAGGCGAACCAGAUUCCUCAUUGAAGACGGCUGAGGAAAUAAAGCAGAAGUUUUGUUACGUUUGCCCUGAUAUUGUAAAGGAGUUUGCAAAGUAUGAUAACAAUCCGGAGAUGUUUGCUAAAUACAUAAUCGAUACGGUUAAUGGCAGAAAACUCCCGAUCGAUGUGGGCUAUGAAAGAUUCUUGGCCCCUGAAAUCUUUUUCAACCCAGAAAUUGCAUCAUCAGAUUUCCUCACGCCGCUUCCCGAGAUUGUUGAUUCUGUUAUACAAGCCUCUCCAAUUGAUGUGAGGAGAAACCUAUACAGAAAUAUUGUUCUUAGUGGAGGUUCGACGAUGUUCAAAGAUUUCGGUCGCCGUCUCCAGAGAGAUCUUAAGGGUAUUGUCCACAGAAGAGUUUCUGCAAACGAAAGAUUAAGCGGUGCAAAGUCCAGUGGUGUGCAGGUGCAAGUUAUUUCUCACAAGCGCCAGAAAAAUGCUGUUUGGUUUGGAGGCUCUUUGUUGGCCCAAACAUCUGAGUUCAGAAGUUAUUGUCAUACAAAGCAAGAUUACGAGGAGUACGGUCCAAACAUCGUGAGAAACUUCUCGCUUUUCAACGUCCCUUAA